UAUAUUUCCGCCAAUAUGCCAACAUGCACAGCAGCGCAUACGAAAUAACAUACUACUACUCUGCUAUUCCUAACCUCCCGGGACAAUAAAUCCAUUUGUAGUCGUUUAAUAUAGAAACCUCCAUUAGCUCCACCGUUCCGGAGUUCUUGAUCCUUGGCUUCGGAUCCAUUUCGCCAAUGCAGGCGCAGCACACGUCCGGUCAUUACCGCUGGCUUUAAAAGAAAGAACCCCCGUUUCCCAUGCUUUCUCCGCCCUUUACUGAAUAUCAUCAUUGUUUCCCUGGUCGCCGCCAUCUCCUCUCUCCAGAUAUAUUGCUUGAUUCAUUAAUAUCCCCGUAGACCGUUGUUAUAAUGCCCUCCAACGAAGCCCUUACCCCUCUUCUGCGCCAGUUCCGCGUCUUGAUUGCCGGUGGCUCGUACGGCGGACUGAGCGCGGCCCUGGCACUGCUUGACCUUUCCAAGGGUCGUCUUGCUCGCUUCAACUUCACAGAGGGCGCUAAGCCCCCUCCGUACCAAAUCCCAAUUCAGAUCACCGUUGUAGAUGAAAGAGAUGGUUUUUAUCACCUAAUUGGUUCCCCAAAAGCAUUGGCAUGCGAUAAGUUUGCUGCGAAGACAUGGACACGGUUCUGUGACAUUCCCGCAUUGAAGUCUCCAAAUCUACAGAUCGUUCGCGGGAGCGUGAAUACCGUGGAUUUCCAGAAUAAGGUCGCACAGAUCCUUGACCUCGAGACUAAGGAAACGAGACAAGAGAAGUAUGACUUCUUCAUUGCGGGCACGGGUCUCCGUCGUGUAUUUCCGACGGUUCCGCAGUCGUUGAAGAGGGAAGAGUUCUUGAAGGAAGUGUUGAGUCAUAAGGAGGCUAUUCGGAGUGCGGAUGAUGGUGUUGUUGUCAUUGGAGGAGGCGCUGUCGGAGUUGAGAUGGCAGCCGAGUUGAAGGAGCUAGAUCCUCAACAGAAGGUUACGCUUGUUCAUUCCCGGGAUCGUCUACUUUCCGCAGAGCCCUUGCCCGAUGACUUUGCGGAGCGCGUCGUCUCUGAGCUCAAGGAACAGGGUGUUGAGGUCAUUCUGGGUCAACGGGUUAUUGAUACCGCAGCAGUAGAGGAAGAGCAAGGGAAGCGUACAUGGAAUCUGACCUUGGCCAGUGGAACGAUACUCAAAGCCGGUCAUGUUAUGAAUGCAGUUUCGAAAAGCUCGCCUACCUCAUCGUAUCUGCCCAAGGAUGCCUUGACCGAAGACGGCUACGUCAAGAUCCUUCCAAAUCUGCAAUUCGCCAACCCAGUGCCUAACGCAGAGCACCACUUCGCCGUUGGUGAUAUUGUUCAGUGGGCUGGCAUCAAGCGUUGUGGAGGUGCCAUACAUAUGGGCCACUAUGCAGGAACCAACGUCCAUCAGCUUAUGUUAGCAGAGGCCACUAAGACCAAGCCUGAGUUCAUGAACCUCAUCAAGUACCCACCCGUGAUAGGGUUGGCCUUGGGACAUACAGCCGUGUCGUAUACCCCUGACGAGGGGACUAAGCAUGGCAAGGAGCUCCUCGGGACUUUGUUUGGAGAGGAUAUGGGUUACAGUAUUUGUUGGAACUAUAUGAAGAUGUCCGAGCCUUGCCAGGCGUGAUUUGAGAGUUUAAACAGUACUUCUUUCUACGUCUAUUUUAGGUUCGCCUAUCCAUUCCUGAGCUGGAAUUUGGAGUUGGAUAGGC